AUGUUGUUAAAAAUCUUGAAGAAAUUAAGGAGGAGUAAGAGUAACAUGGAUGAGAAGAUUGAUGUGGAUAAGGUUGAAGAUGUGAUGUUGCCUGGUUUUCGAUUUCAUCCAACAGAUGAGGAGCUUGUUGGAUUUUACCUCAGGAGAAAGAUUCAGCAGAGACCUUUGCCCAUUGAGCUGAUUAGGCAAGUAGAUAUAUAUAAAUAUGAGCCCUGGGAUCUUCCAAAGCUAGCAGCUUCAGGGGAGAAAGAGUGGUAUUUCUACUGCCCCAGGGACCGUAAAUACAGAAAUAGUGCAAGGCCUAACAGAGUCACGGGAGCCGGGUUUUGGAAGGCAACUGGAACAGACCGUCCUAUUUACUCUUCUGAUAGCACCAAGUGUCUUGGUUUGAAGAAGUCCCUAGUUUUCUACAGAGGCAGAGCCGCCAAAGGGAUUAAAACAGACUGGAUGAUGCAUGAAUUUCGGCUACCUUCACUCUCAGACUCAACACCACCGAAAAGACUCUUGGACAAAAGCCUUCCUGCAAAUGAUGCAUGGGCUAUUUGUAGGAUAUUCAAAAAGACCAAUUCCAUGGCUCAGAGAGCUCUUUCUCACCCUUGGAUAUCUUCAUUACCUGAGAUUACAGCAUCUGAAAUUCUCCACCAAGGUGCACCUUGCCCUCAAUUCAGUUCAGAGGACAUUUCUUGCGCAACUGAAAUCGAAUCAGCAAUACAAUUAUGCAGCAACAGUGUACUACAACAAGGCUCCACUGCUAGUUUUUCUGCUGUGGAUAUUCACUCUUAUAAACCAUUCAAUACGACAGUCUACAGACCAUCUCUAUUUUCUGUUUCCAAUGGAGACCUUCACAACAACUUCAUGUUUUCUCAGCUUGACAUGUCAGGAACCCCCAAGUGUACAGUUGAUGCUGCUCCCAUGCUAUUGAGUCCACCCUUGAUCUCUGAUGUUACUAAGGCCUCCGAGAGUAUAGAUUUUGGAGGGCAACAACAGCAAUAUAGUGGCUUCUCAAUCAGCAUGCCCCAAGAUAUGCAAGUGAAUGCAGGUGUAGGAAAAAGUGAGGAGGGCAUGAGGAGGAACUCGAAUGGAACCCCUGAUGAUAACCAUUGGGGAACCAUCCGAUCAAUGGGAUUUCCCUUCAGCUUGGCCCCAAACGUGCCUGAUACAUGGAAGCCCAAUCUACCAUGGGAUUCACCUCAAUGUCCAAGUGAGAUGUCCACCACUUAUUCAACUGACAAAUGCUAUACUUAA